GCGGCAUAGCCUCCGCCGCUAAAAUUGAUCACGAUGGUGACCUAUAUAUAGCGAUGCCGCCGCCAUUGUAGAGAAAAUUGCCUCCGUCCGACGACUAGUUGUAUCCAAGAAUUGUCGCCGCCUCGCCAUCCGCCCGGAAAGUCCGGGUCGCGGGUGAACAAUCCGGGUUACGUUUUUGACGCGCCAGUUUGCCGAGUUUCGUGACGUGCGGUGCCAGGUCUAGAUAGCCAUGACGAUGACGGCCAUGGACUUGGAGAUGCAACUCAGGGCUGCGGAAGCUCGUCGGGCCGAACUGGAACGCCAGCACCAGGAGGCGUUGUCGAUGCUGGCGGGCUGCGGGCCCGAAACUCUGGAGGCCAGGCAAUCGAGAGUCCGAGAACUUGAGAAGAAAAUCGCUCUCGAAAAUGUCAGAUGCGAAGAACUGCAACUAGAGCUAGCAUCGACUAAUAGAAGUAGAGCUAUGACUGGCGGGAGCGCGUUGGGUAUCUCUUCAAACUUGCACCAGUCCUGGAAUCCGAAUAAAGGUACAGAAAUAGAGAAAAUUAUGGCAAAAAUAGAACAAGAUAACAGAAUUUUAGCUGAGUUAGACCAUAGUCGAUCGACUACGUUAGGGACGGGCCUGGCAACGAGUAUUAGUUCCCACGCUUUGGGAGAGUCUAGCCCGCCUAUCUCUCCCAUUACCAUGUCCCAUACAACACCCAGUAUAUAUCCGACUUCUACCACUUUAGGGGGCCAGCAUACGUACAACACAGGCACAACCCUUAGCGGCGCUUACAUUUCCAACCCAGCUAGCGUUGGUGGAUACAAUCCGACUUCGUACAAUAGUUUAGGUCACCACUACUCCAUGGCCAACAAAUCUAUGAUCGGAACCACGAUGAACAGUCUGGGUCACCAUCAGGUAGGCAUGACAGCAUCUGGACUCGGACAAACCUCCAUUUUAGGAACCUCACUUGGACAACCACUGUCAACUUCCAUAGGAACCAUAGGGACUUCUCUUCCGCCAACCGGGUUAGGUACCUCCAUAGUACCACCUUCCAGUUUCGCUACGAAUUCGAUGUCCAAUACAACGUUUACUAAUCCUUUGGUAUCGACCAACCCCCGUGUUCUAGGUCAGCCCUCUUCCUACAACAAUCCUACCUUCAAUAAUCCGAUAAGUAGCUCUAUAAACCAGUACGGUUUGCCGUACAGCAACCCUCUGAACGCUGGCGUCAAUCCCGUCACAACAACUUACAGCAAUGCCGUCACAUUCUCAAACCCGCUAAGCUCACACACCCAAUUCAAUAGCCUGACCGGUGGACCUAUGUCGAUCAAGCUAAAAACCAUGGAUGACGUAGAUUUGGCUACGGGCACCAGAAGGGUUGCUACUCCCGUUACCCCACACCCUCCUCCGUGGGGCGGAGCAUCGGCGACCGUUGGUAUUACAGAUUUGAGACCGCGAAUGCUUACAGAUGGUCUCGAAUCUGAGUGGAGCGCUGGUGGUGGUAUCCACACUUCAGAUAGAGGAUACCUUAAUGGGCAGCACGUCCAAGAUGGACAAGUUGAUAUGCUGGACAUACCAGGCAAGGGAAGGUGUUCCGUGUAUAUUGCCAGAUUUUCGUACGAUCCCGAACCAGAUGUGGAAGAAGAACUGAGUAUCCAAGCAGGGGACUACCUUCUAGUCUGGGGCGAACCAAUGGGACCUGGAGGCUACUUGGAUGCCGAAUUGCUGGACGGCAGACGCGGUUUAGUUCCUGCUCACUUUGUCCAACGUUUAAUUGGUGACGAUUUGCUGGAAUUCCACCAGGCAGUACUGAGCACUUUGCGAGAAGAGGAGAUCAACCAGGAGAACUUCGCCGCGGACGUGGCUCGUCUGAAUGAACUCGCCGAGCUAGCGGAGGCUCAGGAAGAUGACGUGGGAGGCGUUGAAGGUGAGGAAGUGCCGGCUCCCAGGCAGUUGACUCUGGAGCGGCAGCUCAACAAAAGCGUGCUGAUCAGCUGGACCGCUCCGGAUAACGUAGGUCCCGGCAAUCAAAUCGAGAGCUACCAUGUAUACGUCGAUGGUGUGCUCAAGGCUACCAUCAAGGCCACCGAGAGGACCAGAGCUCUAGUCGAAGGCGUGGACAGUAACCGGCCACAUCGCAUCAGUGUCAGAUCGGUGACCGCCAACAGGAGAACUUCGAGAGAUGCCGCUUGUACGAUGAUUAUAGGCAGAGACACCCACUCGCUGGGACCCAGCGCCGUCAGAGCGUCCAAUAUUACAUCCACAUCAGCGGUGAUCAGUUGGCUGCCUGCCAACUCUAAUCACCAGCACGUAGUCUGCGUGAACAACGUCGAAGUUAGAACUGUAAAGCCUGGAGUAUACAGACACACCAUUACGGGUCUUGCCCCGAACACCCAGUACAGGGUAACGGUGAGAGCCAAACACCACAGAUCUGUCCAAAACGUUGCCAACUUGGCGGAGGAAUUGCCGAUGCCUGCUGCGGCUCACACCGACUUCAGGACUUUGCCCAAAGGACUUCCAGACCCACCCAGCGACAUCCAGGUAGAGCCAGGACCUCAAGACGGAACCUUGUUGGUGACAUGGCACCCGAUAACCACUCCGCACCAUCCGGGGUCUUCGAUCACUGGGUACGCUGUGUUCGCCGAUGGUAAGAAGGUUACUGACGUGGAUAGUCCAACUGGAGAUCACGCCCUCAUAGACAUCAGUAAACUACUGGGGCUUAAUCCAAAGCACGUCACUGUCAGAACCAAGGCGAGAGACAGUCAGUCGGCUGACAGCGUGCCGACAGCCAUACCCAUGACGGUACUGAGGGGAGGAGUCGUCAGGCAACGGCAGCAACCCCAUUCGGCGGUGAUGCCGGCUCACAUCAGGCAGCAGAUGCCCAGGCAACAGCAGCAGCAGCAAGGGCAACAGGUGAUUGAGCCGGAUGAAAAUUUGAGCGACAAAGAGAUAUUCCCGAACCAGGGUGCGAUGAGGACGCAGCAGGGAAUACCGUCCAUAGAGAUAACAAAAGAAAAUUACGGUGAAGGCAAUAUGUCCGAGGACGAGUUACUGGACAGGCGUAACAGACAGUACCAACAGGGGCGACAGCCCCAACGCGCUCCGCAAAGGGAAUCCCACAUGCAGGGUCAGCAAAAUAACCCGCAGCAGCAGCAACAAAACCAGCAACAGUAUUACCAGCAGCAACAGCAGCAGCAGCAAGUCACACCCAAUCAAAGAUCGGGUCAGAUGUUGCGCAACCAACAGGUGGCGAGAGUAGGCCCGAAUAACCCCUCUCACAACCCGGGUGCCGCCCCUAAUCCGCAAAAGAGAGCGCGCUAUUUCGUAGCGCUGUUCGACUACGAUCCGGCAACCAUGUCCCCCAACCCUGACGCGUGCGACGAAGAACUACCGUUUUCCGAGGGGGACACCAUCAAGGUUUGGGGUGACAAGGAUGGCGACGGGUUCUAUUGGGGCGAGUGCAGAGGAAAACGAGGUUAUGUGCCGCACAAUAUGGUCAUGGAGGUCGACGGGAAUCAAAGCAGGGACCGGUGGGCGGAUACGUACGCCAACAUGCCGGUGAAGAGGAUGAUCGCUUUGUACGAUUACGAUCCGCAGGAGCUGAGCCCAAAUGUGGACGCAGAGCAGGUGGAACUGAGUUUCACAACAGGUCAGAUAAUCAACGUCUACGGCGAAAUGGACGAUGAUGGCUUCUACAUGGGCGACAUAGAUGGCGUCCGAGGUCUGGUGCCCUCCAACUUCCUCACUGAAGCGCCAGAUCAGUACGGACCGCAAGGUGCUGGUGUCAGCGGAAUGCCCGGAGGCCAAACCUCGAGCCAAGGGAACCGGGGCGGCAGAGGGGGUGCAAACAGGGGCGUGGGUCCUGGGGCUAGAGGACCUCCGCCUCCUCCUAGGGAGAUACAGAUGAGAGGCGGUCAAGUUACGGGAAGAAAUAAAGAUGCCUGCAACCUGUUGUAUACUUCUCAGUUAGACUCGUUCAACACAACUCAAUCGAUGUCGACACCCGCAAAUACAUCUACAGAGCACCAACAGGGGAGAAUGAGAGGCAUGCUGAGGCAAGGUGGUAACCAAUCGACCAUCAACCAACCGAACCAAUCCACCCAGCCAGGCAGUUACCAGCAACCUCAGUCCUCGACCUCAUCGAUCGGAGCAGGUAUAUUUAGCACUCUCACAGGUCAGUCGCAGCAACAGCAACAACAGCAACAGCAAAAUUACCAGCAAUCUCAGCAGAACCAGCAACAAGCUCAGAACCGUAUUCAACACAAGGGCGUGCCGCAGGUGGUGCCCAAUUUGGGCGGGAUGUCUUCAGGCGGCCCCCUAGGUCAACCGCAGCAACAGCAACAGGGACCUGGGGGGCCGAAUUUAAUGCAAAAACUGAACGAAAUAACCGCGCCGGGCGGCGAUAUCCUCUCCAAGGGUAAAGAACUGAUUUUUAUGAAGUUCGGAUUGGGAGGCAAAUAACAAAAUUUGUUUAGUCAAUCUAUUGUUGAUUUUUUGCUGUUUUUGAGACCGUUGGUCAGACACAACUAAAUAAGGUACCGUGUUUAAGCGUUGACUAUAUGGUUAAAGGGUAGGCUCAGUUGUUGGUCGUUAAAGAGCGGUUAAGUGCUUUGUGGGCAUUGUGUGUUGGGGCUGUGUAAGUGUUGGGGACUGUUCGUACCGAUUGGUCAACCGGUCUGCCAAUGUUGCCCCGAUUUUUGGACGUAGCGGUUCGGAAAAUUAUGACAAUAAAUUUUUAUAGGGUUUUUAUUUGCAACUCAAGUAAAACCGUGCGUUAAAGUUUUUUUGCCCAGUCUGGCAGUAAAUUCUGAGGGUGGUCACUUAACGGUAAAUCAAUUCAACAGGCUUUACAGAUUUGAUGUAUUUCAAUUCUUCCUUGACAAUUUUACGAAAACCUGUUUUUUACACGAAUUUAUCGAUGCUACGCUAAUCAAUUAAUAAUAUUAAUUGAACGUUCGAACAAAGAGUAAGCAACGAUAGUCGUAGGUUAUCCCUGUCAUUGCUUUUUGCGUUUUUUACCCUUAUUUUUUUUUUAGUCCAGGAAGUCGGGCAACAUUUUCAGGCCGGCAUUGAAUUUGUUGGUCGCCGUUAAAAAUAUUUUCGAAAAAUGUUAUCGGGCAACCGCGGGUUUACAUGUUUCCUAAAAAUACGCUAGUAAAACAACUUUGCUAUAACAUUGCAUUGCAUUGGUUAACUGGCAACGAUGGAAAUACUUAUUCUGGGUGCGACAUUGAAAAGUCAAAUAAGUUGGUAAAUAGAAAACAUGCCAAGACUAACUUAAAAUGGGAUAAAAUCAGAAAUCAUGAUUGAUAUCCUGCAAUAAGCGGUUAUGCAUUUUUACAUGCAAAGAUAUACCGGGAUGUACAGGAGGUUUGCCCAUCGUUUGCCAGCACAAUGUCGCCGAUAUAACUUUUGCACUAAAAAUAUUUUGCCAGGUAGAAACGUGACGAAAUGACAUGGCGUGAUGUUCUGUAUUUUCGCUAAAUCUCAAUAAUAUCAUUUUAUAAUCACUUAAUGGAGCUAUUGCGCCGUUAUCGACUGAACUAGAAUGUUUCCCUCAAUUAUUAUUGUUAAUCGUUAAAAAAAAACAUUCGAAGCGCGAGAAGUGUUCAAACCUUAAGGCUUUUGUGGUAAGUGCUUCUUUUAUUAAUCAUAUCUAUCGACUAAUGUAAUGUGUAAAGAAUAAAAACUAUUUCAGCAGUAUUAACUUAUCAUGUAUAAAAAAAAUCAUUAUUUAAGUACAAAAUAUGACCAAUAUCUAUUUGCGUACGAAGGAAAAAACAUAGACUUAUUUCCGAGUUGUUAAGUAAGACUCAUUGUUACUUAGAUUUUUUUAAAAUUGAGAAAAAUAACGUCUUCAUAUAGGACUAAGUUAAAAUGUUAUCGGGAGGGCCAGGUUGGAAACGAACGGUGGCAUUUAAAACUCGUACGCUUACAAGGUGAUUCAUAAAGAAGAGGCAAUCACUAAUAGUGAAAUACUACAGCCAGCCACUAGAAAACGAUAAGUUCCCUAUUGCUUUGUCAAAAACCUUUCUAAAAACUUUCUCAAUUAAUGAGAAAAUCGACAGUUGAGUUGAGUCAUAAUAUUUUGAUGUCUAGUAGUCUCUCUAGUUUAUAUAUUGCCGAUUUUUUAUGAAUCACCCUGUAUAAUUACGUUUACAAUUUUGAUUUCGCAUUUUUGCGUACACCCUCCCAAAAAAGAUACGUUUUUAUUCGUCGAACCAACGAAUUUGUCAAAUGAAAAAUCGUAAAAUUCCCGGACAUAUUUGUUGCACUUGCUCAGGACCGAAUUGCUGCCGGUCGUUUCGCAAUACGCCUUCCAAUUAUUGUUAAAUCUUUUUCCACUGUAUCCGUAGGUUUCAAAAACAGCAUUUCGGCACAACUUAAAUUAUACAAAAACACAUAUUUUAAAAACAUUAACCGACGUACUGAGUUGUUAGUAAAUGAUUGGUUUCAGCUAUGUUCUGUUAUUAUUGACCGAGUGGACGUUGUCUAUAUACAGGGUUGUUCGCAGAAACUAUUCAUGUCGAGUUUUCGAAUAAACUUAUAUUCUGGGAUAAUUAAUUUUCAACGUCCAUUUUAAAAAUUAUCUACUUAACAUUUUGAAAAACAAAAUUUUACGUUUCUACAGGGUUGCUCACUACUGCGUCAUUUUUUUAUUUCUCCGUAAGAGUUUAUUUUAAAAUUAAAAACAAAAGUUGGUUAUUAUACAUGAAAUUUUGUAGUAGUCCAGAUAGCACCUGCCGUCGUAUAGAGUACAUUGGUUUAUAGAUCAAUAACACAGGUGUCCAAACUUAAAAUUUUUGACAUAUGUUAGUAUUUUGAAAACUGAUUUUAUAUAAUUUUGGUAGCUGAUUUCAAACAUUCUAUGCAUUUAUUUGUAUCACGUAAGGUUUUUUACGAAUAUAAAAAAAAAAGAUAUUUAUUAAAUAAUUUAUUUUUUCAUUUGGUAAAAAAGUGGAGUCCGGGAAUAUUGUUGCAAUACACUAGCAGUCCGUCUUGAAUAAAACAUUAACAUAACCCUUUUUUGAGAUCUCGGUAAAAGUUUGAUGUCACGCCAGGUGCCAGUAAAUUUACAUUCAAUUUAAUAAAAAUCAAUUGAUUUAAAAAUCGUGCCUAACAUGGAACAAACAGAUUCAUGUUAUAGGUAUAUAUAUUAAUAAAAUAACAUUUUUAAUAUGUGACGUGACAAAAAUAUCGCGUUUUUUGGGAAUAGGGCCCCCAAAAAUAUGCAAAUUAGCAAACAUCAAAAUCAAUGUAGACCUGUGUAAUUAAUGUACUAUGCAUUUAAAUCCAUUGUGUUACACUGUCCAUUUUAAGUACAUACGUUUUUAAGGAAUGAAUUAAUAAGAACCACGAGUACCUAACUAUUUGUUAUUGACGUCCUAUUUACGACCUACUUAUUUUAAAAGAGAUUUACCGUUUUAGAGUAUAAUUUUAUUUAAUCGCCGUCAAAAUAUAUUACGGGUAUGAUGCACCUCUAACUGAGCAGGUCUGACUAAAAUACGACCAACGAACACCAAAAUUUUUUCAGUGGACGAUGCAUGAAUGUCCAUAAGUGGACGGGCCAUUAUUUUGUACUAUCUGGGAGGUUAUUUCAAGUUUCCCAAUAGUUCCUUAAACAUUUGAUUAAUGAUUUUUUAAAUUGGUUUUUCUAUUGCAGGAUGUCCAAAAUUUAUGAACCACUUACAUAGUUUUCCAAGAUGAUUCGUUUAUUCAAAUAUUUUGUAUUUCUUGCUAUAUUUAAAAUAAAAAAUAUGUAAUUAGAAACAAAAUGAAAAAUAGGUGCAAUAUUUUGCAUCAAAUGAUAAAUAAAAUACCGGGUGUCCUAUGUAAUAUUGGAAAAAUGUCUUAGGAAUAAUGUUAUACCAAUUAAAAUUUACGCCUCCGAACCCCAGAUCAUCAAAUCAGGUGAGUAGUCAGAUCUAGAGCAUCUUAACUAUUUUGACUUAAACAAAAGCAAAAACAUGUCAAAACUAAACAAAUUUAAAUUAAAUACUCUGCAGUAUCAGCCAAAAUUGGAUAAAAAUCGCAUUUUUCAAAAUAUAUCUAAGCAACCAUUUUAAAAUAAUAUACCAUUUAAAAUGAGUUAGGCUCUGUGAGAUACUUAUGAGCUACCCUGUAUAAUGGCAACUAUUUUGGCAAGCAGAUUUUAUAUUUAAAAAUUUGUCGAUAAAAUAAACUAUUGUAGUGAGCUACCCUGUAUAUUUGGGCACUCUGCCACAUAACACUCCCAGAAUUACGCAUCUCUCAACUUUUGCUAUAAAAAAUACUUUCGUUAUAUUAUAGUUAUUUCAGCAUUAACAGUGAAAACUGCAAAACUUGAAAUUGAAUAAUUAUUAGUUAAUUCAAUUAUUAAUUAUAAAUUAAUCUAUUAGCACCAAGAAUUCAAUUUUGUGCAUGAUGUGAUCCUUAUAAAACUUUUAAUGAACAGCUCGGGUGAAUAACCUCGUAUAAAAAUGACAUUUUAUGGAGCUGAAAUUUCACCAUUUAUUAACAAAACCGAUGAGUUUGUUGUGCCUUCUCUAUCCUUUCAAACGCACAGCCGCGUGGUUUCGCCCAUUUCCGAUGAAUAAUAAAUAUAUUACGUUUCAAAGAACUAAAUGAAAUUAUAGGUUUAUUAGCCAGUCGCCUGUCGCAGCGGGUCCGCUAACGGACAACGGCAAAAACUAUUUUUGUAUCGCGUUUAUCGGAAAUCUGCGACCACCCCGGUACAUCGGCACUUUUGUGUUUGUUCAUUUUGUACAAAAAAAUAUAUAAAAUCUACCCUGUAAGAUAAUAUUUAAUGAACUAUAAAUAUUGGUGUUAUUAUUCACGCAACUAUUUCGCAUUGAUAAAGUACCCUACCGAAUCGCAAACUUUGCUUUCGUCAUCGAUCGCAAUGGCGAAUAUAUGAAUGCCAGUCUUACCGGUUAUAUUGAAGUCUAGUAAAUUACAAACAAAAUUCAACUGUCGGAGAGAUUAAACUUCAUCUUAUCCAGCUAAUUGCUGCCUUCAUGAUGUUGAAUCCAUUUGAGAUGCUUUUCUACUAGUGGUUUUUUAUAUUAUAUGUCAAUAGUAAAGUGGUAAUUAUUUUAAUUACAAAUUUCGAACCAAAUCUUGCAAAAGAAAAGUUCCGGAUUCGGCUUUAGACCCAAAUUGACAAUUUGGAUGACAAAUUGAAGAUGCAAACGAUAACAAAUUAAAAAUCUUCAAUCCAUAUUUGAGAAACAUGGACCACAAAAACGUUUAGUUAAAUUUAUUAUAAUUUAACUCCAAUCUAAAAUGUAUAAAAAAAAAACACGAAACUUAUAACUGGUAGUACUAAAACCCCGAAGAUUUGAAUAAUUUGAACAUAGAGUUUAUCGAGUUUCUUCGGCAAAAGCAAAGUUUGGAUAGUUACCCGUUUAUCUUUUAAACUUUCCUAAUUGUAAAUAAUUACCUAUUUCUAAUAAACGCGCUUUUUUCGAUUAAUGCGGGGGGAAGCUUAGCGCCCUUCGAGCGACAAAGUUUACAUUGUAUUAUCCUAACAAGGACGUACCGGAUUUUUGGGAUUUGAUGUCGGUCCACGCUUUAAAGAGUUUUUUCUUGACGCUCGAAAUGGAAAGUUCCCCCCCCCCCUCCUGUAUGGCUGUCCGCAAUGUGCGUGCAUAAACAGGAAAUAAAGCAGAAGGGAGUACUUAGUGAUUUUAUGAAUGGUUGUGAGUUCAUGGUCGCACGACAUAUCAAAAUAUGGCCAGGUGAAAAAUUAUUAUUAACGAUUAUUAUCGAGGCAGCUUUUGUUAAAACUAAAUAAAAUAUCAAUGUAUCAUACACACACUGUACCGAAUAAAAACAAUGAUAAUAAAUAUCAUUUACGAAGUUA